UCGUUUUUUCGAAUUCACACACAAAAGCCACGUGUGUGUGUUCUAUUGUAUGUUCGGCAUUGACUGUAUUGAAAUUGAAAUCGAAGUAACAAAUUGUUUCAAACAUGAAUCAAUUUAAUAUCGAAGAUUUUGAUGUUGAAACAGAAAUUGAUAGUGAUAAUGAAAAUGUGGUCAAAGAUAAAAAUGAUGGUCAUGAUUCAAUGGUAAAAGAAGUAUCGAAAAAAAUUGGUGGUAAAAAACGUGGUGAUGAUCGACAACCUCAAUGGAAAUCCGAUCGUGCCGAAGUACGAACAGAUAUUGAUGAACAUGGUAUUAGCAAGAAUAAAAAAUCUAAACUUGAUGUUGAAGAAUUAUUGGAUGUCGAUGAUGAACAAGCGAAGAUUUUGCGAAAGAAAUUGCGUCAAAGUUUACGAAAGAAAAAAGCUUUGUAUGAUUCAUUAUCUAAUCCGAUUACUGAACGUAUUCAUCGUGAAAUAAAUUACAAAGAUCUUAAGGAAUCGGUAAAAAAAUAUGAUGAACCAGUUAAACAAUUGCGAAAUGCUGAUCAAGUAGUUUUUCCGGCUGAAGAUCGUCAACUGGCUGUUGAUACAUCAGCACAGAAAAAAUUUUUGCAACCUGGAACAUCAACAGAUUCUGAAACUGUUGGCAAAUUGAUUAGCCGUAUUGAGAAAGAAAUUGCUGAAAAUCUUGCCGAUUCUGGUGAUGUAAAUGAUGGCUCACAUGAAACAUAUCAUUCGUUUUUGAACCAAAACGAACUUGAAUUAUUGCGAACAUUGGAUAUGGAAGAGGCCCGUAAGUUGCACAAAGAAAUGCAACGAUUGCGUGUUCUGAUUAGUUAUCAAGAGGCUCGUUAUCGACGAUUGCGUAAGAUUAAAUCAAAAAAUUAUCAUCGUUUGAAGAAAAAAGAUCGAUUGAAAAAAGCAGAAGAAGAAUUUUAUGAUCUUGUUGCCAAGGAUGCGGAAAAAGCUUACGAGAAAAUGGAAGAAAUGGAUCGAUUGCGUGCACACGAACGUGCUACUUUGAAACAUUCGAAUACAGGUAAAUGGGCAAAACGUCAGCUUCUUCGUUCGAAAUUCAAACAAACACGAGAUAAUCUUGAUGAACAGCUUAAAACUCAUAAUUUAUUAAUGCUUAAACAAUCCAACUCGUUGAGCCCUAUGGAGUUAUGGAAACAAAAUGAUGAACAAAGUUUCAGUGAACGUUAUUCGACACUAUUGGAGCUUCCAUUACAUAAAAAUAAGCAGCUAAAUAGUUAUAAUCCAUGGUCAUCGAAAUUGAUUCAAGAAUCUUCGAAUGCAACUUUUACUAUUACCGAACAACAGUUUUCUUCGGUUAAAGAUAAAGAUAAAGAUGAAGGUACAGUUAAAGAUGACCGUAUUGGUAAAGUGGAACGUUGGAUUGCAACAUUGUCAACAAAAGAUUCGGCUAGAAAAAUUAAUCUUGAAAAAUCUUUUACUGAUAAAAAUAUUGAAGUAAUCAAUUUGGAUGAUGAUGAUAAUGAUGAUGAAUUCAAUGAUAAUAUUGAUCUGGCUAAACAAUCGAAACAAUUGCAACAAGUAUUUGGUGAUGAUAAUGUUGUUGAAGAUUUUUUGAAAAUAGAACAACAAUCAUCUUUAAAGAAAAAAUCUUCAGAUAAAUAUCCGAAAUGGCCAACAAUGAAAUGGACAGGUCAUGGCAUUAAUGUAAAAAUGAAUUCUAAAAAGCCUAAAACAUCCAAACCAAUGAUCGAUAAAGCAAUUUUUAUUGAUCCGAAAAAACAAUCAAAAACAGCAGCAGCAGUCCAACAAAAACUUAUGAUAGAUAAAGCUUGUCAAGCAAUAUUUAUUGAUCCGGAUAAACAAUUACAAACAGCUGCCAAAUAUCAAGGUCAUUUGACAGUCAAACAAAGUGGACAAUUGAUUCGUCCACAUGGAUCGAUUUGGAAUCCACAAACACUUGCUCGAACAUUUUCUGAACCAACUGUUAUUACACGACCGGGACAGGUUAUUGAACCAAUGCAAUCACUUCGUGCUAAUAGUGAUCAGCCUGUUAAUCUUUCGAUUCAAAAACCUUCAUCUAAAAUUCAAAAACAACAGAAAAAACGACGACCAUUAUCGAAAAUGUGAAAACGAAAAAUGGUGAAGACAGAGAAAAAUCUUUUUUUAUAAAAAUGAUUGAUU